CACUGAUAUCUCGGCGCCGUUUGGUCCAUCUCUUUUGUGAAUAUUUGAGUCGAGUCAUUUUGUUCCUCAUUCACUUCACAUGUUUUUUCUGCUGCGUAACAGUGUUGGAAUAUUCAUUUGAAGAUGUAUAAAAUGACGAUUUUUAUUUUUUUUUCUGUAUUAACAUUCAUUGAAGCAGCUGUCAUAACGAAUGUAGUACCAAGAACAUUUACUGUUGGUCUCUCAAGGAGUCUCAAAGUCGAAUGUCUUUACUUACAAGGACAAAACCCAGCGAUUUCUUAUUUGAUAUCUUUGUCUCUUUAUCAAGCUGCGGAUAAAACUGAGUCAGACUUCAACUUCAUCUCUUCUAUCAACAGUUUUGAUUCAGAUAUUCAGGCUGAGAACGUUGAAGAUUAUAAUGCGAAGUUCUCUGGACAAAUCAACAACAAAAAUGAAUCUUUUCUUAGAGUUGUUUGGGAAUUUCCGGACCUAGAUAAGUCUGGUGUUUACAAAUGUGAAGCCAAUGGAAUCAAUACAUUAGGGAAAGCUGUAACUCUAUCUAGCACUGCAGUUGUUGUUGGCUUGAGACCUGACAGUAAUCAACUUGUCGAGACUCUUCAAAAAUUAACUCUCAAAGUAGAGAACCUUCAAUUGAAAGUGAAUUCCACAGAAGAUCAUGUAAGAAUUCUUGACAACUUUAAUAAAUUGAAAUCCUCUGAACAAAAUAAUUUGACGAAUGCUUUGUUUGUAGUAUCCCCAACGUUCCAAGGCAAACGAUACAUGCUGAUAAAGAACCAACUCUAUAUCACAGCAAACCUAGCUGAAGUUCUCUGUGGUGUGUUUGGAGGUUAUCUCGCUGAGGUUGACAGUGAAGAGGAAUUCAGAUUUAUCAGAGACAAUUUGUUAGCUUUAGGUUUAUUUCCUCAUAUUAUUACUGGUGCUACAGACGAGAAGCAAGAAGGAGUUUGGAUCAAUCGUCACAGCAAAACUCCAGCAAAAUUCAUCAACUGGGGCCCAGGAGAACCAAAUGGUGGAACUAGGGAAAACUGUCUAAGUUACACUAUCUAUGGCAACAAUUGGUAUAUGAACGAUCUGUUUUGUACUGCUGACAUUGCUGUUGGCUUUAUUUGUGAAGUAGAGAUAAAGUAAAAAAAAAAAAAGCAACAUUACUGUUUUACCGCAUAAAAUACAUUUCAACUUAUUUGAUGUCUAAAAUAUUUUUUUUAAAUCCAUAUUAGUUGUUUUUUUAUGUUCCAUAACUAUAAUUAGAAAUUUGAAUUCAAACUUUCCAUAUUAUAUAAUGUGACGUUGAUGGGAUUUCAUUAGGUUCAAUUGAUUGGUUACAUAAUCAGUAAAGACGCUAUUAGGCUUUGCUGGUUCCAUCUUAGACCAGCUCUCAAUCCAAGUUGACUCACAGGUAGCUUACUAUUACUUUAAUUAUUUUUUUAAAUUAAAUCUUUAUUAUAAGUGCAAAGGCUCUGAUUAAUUGAUUCAGUGAUUGACUGACUGACCUAUUACUAUUUCUCCUGUGAACAAAAAAAAAUAAAAAAUACGAAACUUUAACCAGUUAUUAUUUCAGUGUUCGUAGGACAACUAAGCACCUUUUACGAUCGAAACCGCGGGGUUAAAGUGACAAAGACCCAUUCUUUUUUUCGCAAUUUCGACCCGAUAUGUUUUUGAAUGACGACAUAAUACCCCAGCCUAAUUUUAAUUCUACACAUUUAGACUCUGAAGGAAGAUCCGAAGCAUGUAAAACAUUUACAAACAAAAGAACGUCUGUAUUUCAUAAUAGAAGAUUAGAUCGAGAUUAAAGACCUAAAAUGAAAAAUCCGACAAAUUGUCACGGUAAGUACUAGGCUUAACUAGAAAUAUUUUCAUAUUAAUCUAAAUCUAAAUAUUUUUUUUCAUCCUUUAAUUUUAAAAGCACUUCACUUUUUCUCAUAUUUUUUUUAAUCAUUAACAGCAGGUAGGCUCAGUAGGUUUAGCAUCAUCCUGUAGGAAGAAGGAUCAGAAGUUCGAGUCCCUAAUCAUGCGAAAAAAAAAAAUAAUAUUUUUUUUGCACCUUUUUUAUUUUAAUAAUUCAAUUAACAUUAAAGUUGAAAAGGAAUUUAAAACCUCGAUCAAUUUAUAACAACCGAAUUGGCUUUUGAAAGCGUCAGAGAGCCUUUCAAAUAUUUCGAUAAAAAGCACUAAAGUCUAAGUCUCUAAGAUGUAACAGAUCUUCUUAUCUUAUAUAAUACAGAUGUUACUUCAAAAAAUAAGAUAAUUACGUCCUACGCGUCAUACAUUUAGUCAUGCAUAUUAACUUAAAUUCUGUCAAGUCACUGGUUUUCCUGGCUAGCUCAGGCAACCCAUUUCAUGCUCUAAUAGCACUAGAGAAGAAGGAGUAUUUGUACAAAUUUGUCCUAGCAUAUGGGAUGAGGAAUGUGCCUUUAUUUUUGUGUCUUUCUGAGUAUUUUAUUAAUUAUUUUGUUUUUGUAUUUGAAGAUUAUGGUUCAGUGUUUUAUGUAUAAUUGCUACUUUACUUUUGAGUCUUCUGUCCUGAGGGCUUUCUAAAUUUAGUGAUUUUACUAAAGGUGUUACUCUGGUUACGUGUGAAUAUUCGUUUGUUAUGAAUCUCACUGCUCUAUUUUGUGUCUUUUCCAGUUUCUUAAUGUUUUCUUGAGUUAAGGGGUCCCAAACAGAUGUAACAGAUACUAACAUUCAAGCGUAUUGAGAAGCGGAACGUAAAAAAAAAGGCGGGAAAGAGAUGUUUGAUAUAAAGUCCAAGAUGCCAGAAGGGAGUGUGACUGGGAGGACAAUUUAAAGCGGACGUUUUAAUUAAACGUAUCAUAAGUCACGAGUAUGCUUUUGUUCUAGAGUAGGGAAUAAGAAAUCGACUUUUAUCUUAAUGUCUUUCUGAGUAUCAUCAGGUUGUUGUUUUUUUCUGUUUAUAAAUUAUGGUUUAGUGUUAUACGUAUUAUAGCUGCUUUACUUUUUAUUCUUCUGUGCUGAAGUGUCUCAAAGUUUAGUGAUUUUACUACUGGUCUAAUCAAAUUUGAGUAUUCGUUCCACAACUAAUUUCCAUAAGGAUCAAUAAAGAUGUCUUAGUCUAAGUUAUACAUUUCGCUUCUCUGUUUUGUGUCUGUUCCAGUUUCUUAAUGUUUUCAUGAGUUGAGGGGUCCCAAAUAAAGGGAUGUUUUUUCUAUUACUGGCCUAACCAGAGCUUUAUCUUUAUGUUCAUGUUUGAUUUGUAAAUAUUUCUUUAAAUAAACCUUCAUCAUCAUCAUCAUCAAACUCCAUUUGAGUGAGGGCUUGAGAUGCUCAAAUCCUCUCUUGCAAAAGCCCAGGACAGAAACCCUGCUGUCUUGCGUAGUGCAUAAAUGUCGCCAUACAGGUCGAGAAUUUCCCAAACCUUAAUGUAUUGCUUGAUUUUUUUUAAAUAAUACAUCAAUAUGGAGAUUCCAUGAUAACUUUUCAUUUACUAUUAUACCUACUUAUUUUGAGUUUUUAGUCUGUGUCAUUGAUUUAUCAUAAAUAAAAUAAAAAGGUUUUAUUUGUUU